UCCAAAGGGGGCUUCUACUCAUGGCCACUUGAAUGAGAAUAAGACCCCUGUGUGUGAGAAUGUCAGCUUCUGGGUUUCCCAUAGGGGUGUCUGGUUGGCCACAACAAGAGCAGGACACUGGACGAGAUGAACUCCCCAGCCUGAUCCAACGGGACUCUUUUUAAUUCGCGUGCCCCUGCUUUCUCUUUUGAGUUUGCUGCUGGCAACCGCUGCCUCCUUCCGCUUUCUCACUUCUAAGCCCCGUGUAGCUGCUUUAUAGGUUCUUCAAGCUGUUUGCUUGCAAUAGAGGUCAGGCGAAAGCACAGCCAGGACGGAUGUGUCAUACAGAGAAGCGGUGAAGUCAGUGAGGGGCAGUUUGCCCUAGUUUGGGGAAAAGGAGGCAGGACAGUGGUUCAGCAGAGGACGCAAGAGAAGCUGACGGAGGAUGGAGUUUGCUGCUUUAGUGACAGGUUAUUUGACGGUUCCACCUCCACCAGCGCCCAGGCUGACCACUUCUCCUGCAAACACCACCUUUGUCAGAGGAGAGAAAGUCCAGUUUAUAUGCCACCGACCAGAAGGGCAUAAGGGAGAGUGGUUCUAUUUCUUUAAGGCCACCAGACAUGGUCAGUGGUCCGAAUAUAGAAUAAUAAACCGCAGUAUCUUGGAAGUCUCCACAAUGCAUCUGGAGUCAAGGGAAAGAUUUCCCACUUCCUGCCACCCUUUCCCUGAACCCCCUGAAUCCUGUUUACACCCAUGGAGAACAGAUCACCCUGCUCUGCUCAGUUCCUGAUGGGAGGGAAGCAGCAAGAUACACAUUUUACAAGGAGCUACAAGGUCAGGCAUCUGAGGGGUUUCCCCGUAAUGAGUUGAUGAUUCCCCAUAAAGCUUUGCAUGUUGGUGAAGAUACGGCCGGGAACUACAGCUGUGCAUAUUCCAUCAGAUUAGAAAAUAAGGAAAUCCAGUCUCCACGUAGCAACAUCAUCUCUGUAGUAAUGGAAGAUUCCUCUCCAUCACCAGGUCCAUCACUGCUCUAUGCAUGUUUGGCUGUCCCAUUUGUGAUCCUGAUUAUUUCCCUCGCUUUUUACUGCAGAUGGAAAAAGACUGGUGUGAAAUGUUGGGGGAAAUCUGAGCUAGAAGAACAGGAGGAGGAGGGACCAGGUGAUCUUGGAACACUGGAGCCCCAGACAACACCCAGUCAGGCUACCCUCCUCCCCCCAGAUUCUCUGUGUCCCCCAAACAAGACAUCUACAGAACUGGCGAACUGAUAAACUUCACGUGCUCCGCUCCUGACCACCGUAAUAUAUCCGGAGUCACCUUUUUCAGUCACCAAUGGAUGCUGUAUUUCCAGAAGCCUCCGCCCUCUGGGGGGACAUUCACACAUCCCCUGCGCCUGUCUCCCCAAGACAGUGGCGAGUAUUCCUGUACCUACAAUGUUAUACAAUCGAGAGAGCAAUCGCAUGGAAGCAACUCCAUCCAUAUUGCAGUGAUGGAUCCUCUUCCUCCUCCAGUACUGAAAACGGACCCUCCGUCCAGAGUGGUGAACAAAGGAGACCCCUUGCUCCUCACUUGCUUGGCCAAAGGAGGCGGCGUGGAGAAAAGAUUCCAUUUCUUCAGGGAUGGUGUUGAGAUGAUCUCCGACAGCGGUGGGUCGCUGCGGUUCUCCAGAGAACAUGGGGGUGCCUCCGCAGGUGUGUCUGUCAACAUCCUGAAGGCUAAGCUCAACCACACUGGGGAAUUUGCCUGCAGGUAUGAGGAAAAAACAAGCAGGGGGUGGAUCGUCUCUCCGUGGAGUCAGAAGGUGUACCUCACAGUUUGGGCACCAAAUUCCUCUUCUCCACCCCUGCUAUAUGCAUGUUUGGCGAUUCCACUGGCGAUCCUGAUGGUCCCUCUUGCUUUUUACUGCACGAGAAGGAAUAGAGCGUUGAGAUCCGAACAGGAAAACAGGGAAGAAGCAAAUUCCGAGUACCUUGAAAUGUUCAGCGCCACUAGGAAGCCUCAGAGGACUCAGACGCCUUUUACUGCCUUGCCGCCCCCUGCUCUGCCGCACCCCCCAAUAUCACAAUCAUGGAUGGAGAGCGGAGCCAAACCAGUGGAAGACCAGGAGGAAGGUCUCUACAACAACAUUCCCCUUCAGGGCAAGAAGAGAGCAGAACGAUACAGAGAUUCUGAAGACGAAUGAGCCAUCGGGGAGAUUAAAACAUUCAGAUGGGGAUUUACGACCAGGGAGAUGGGGUGGAAGGGGUCAGGGAAGAGGGCAGUGUUUUGCCUUUCCCUGCCUAGUCCAGCAUACGGAUUGGCUCAACUUCUGCAGCACUUUCCUCAAGAACAGGGAUCAGCAAACUUUUUCAGCAGGCGGCCGGUCCACUGUCCCUCAGACCUUGUGGGGGACCGGACUAUAUUUUGAAGGAAAAAAUAUGAACGAAUUCCUAUGCCCCACAAAUAACCCAGAGAUGCAUUUUAAAUAAAAGCACACAUUCUACUCAUGAAAAACAUGCAGAUUCCCAGACCGUCCAUGGGCCGGGUUUAGAAGGCAAUUGGGCCUUUUCCAUUCUCAUUUUAAUCUUCUGACAUAUCCAAGUACAGCCCACCCAAUCAUCGCCUGACCAUUGACCAUGCUGGCUUGGACAGAUACAGUUUGGUCCAACAACUGGAAGGCUACAGGUUCCCCCAGCCUUGUUCUAGAUAGAGGACAGAGGCCCUUCUUGGUAGUGGCACCCUCCCUGUGGAGUGCCCUCCCUUCAGAUGUCAAGGAAAUAAAUACCUAUCUGACUUUUGGAGGACAUCUGAAGGCAGCCCUGUUUAGGAAAGUUUUAAAGACGAU